UGAAGAACGAGGACUCUUCAAGAUUGAGAUGUUUAAAAAAAGAAAUUAAGAUCUGACAGGAAACCGCCUACCGUGUCAGUCUCAGACCGGAAAUGUGUACUUGCACCUGAUCAAGUAAAAAAAAAGUGAACAGGUAAACAGGUGUUCAUUGUUUGACGGUCGUUUGCCGCGCAGAGAUGGUUUGUGGAGGAUUCGUUUGCACCAAAAACUCCCUUUGCGCAUUAAAUAUACUAUAUGUGCUUGUGAGCCUGCUGCUGGUGGGCGCGGCGGCAUGGGGGAAAUGGUUCGGCCUGGUCUCCAGCAUCCGCGUGGUGGCAGUGGUCAUUGGCGUGGGCAUCUUCUUGUUUCUGGUGGCCUUCAUAGGCCUGUGCGGCGCCCUGAGGCACCACCAGGUCCUCCUUUUCUUCUACGUGAUCAUCCUCUUCGUGGUGUUCGUGUUGCAGCUGUCGGUGUCCUGUGCCUGUUUGGCCCUCAAUAAAGACCAGCAGAAUCAUCUCCUGGAAGUCGGAUGGAACAGGUCAGAGUCCACACAGAGGGACGUGGAAAAGACCCUCAACUGCUGUGGAUUCUCCUACGUCAGCUACAACGCAUCCUGUGCUGCUAGCUGUUUUAACCACAUGCCGCCAUUGUCUUGCAACACGUGCGCUGCCAUCAUUGAAGCAUACGCAGGGGAGGUUUUGCGCUUCGUCGGGGGCAUCGGACUCUUCUUCAGUUUCACAGAGAUUCUUGGAGUUUGGCUGGCUCACAGAUACAGAAACAUUAAAGAUCCCCGAUCAAAUCCCGGAGCAUUUCUAUGAUUAUGGUAAUAAAGAACACCUCGCACUGCUUGAAUCAGUUUUCCUGCUUUUACAUCUUGAUCAUAUUUUCUGAUCAACUGAUUAUGAAUGUUUUGUGGUUAAUUUAAUGUAGGAAAUAAGCAUAAAAAAACGUAUUGACUGAUUGUGCUAAAGUGUGCAUCCAUCUUAUCACUUGGAGGAACACGUAAUUCUUUUGUUUUCAUGAAUAGCAACCGAGUUUAGCCUAGUUUGGCACACAGGCUUGUUUGAAUGUAAGCUAAGCUAUUAAAUGUGUGUGUGUGUGUGUGUUUUAUCAGCAAUUCUUCACACUGAACUAAGCCUCGGUUUAAAGGUGUUAAGAGUCACAUUUGUUUGCCAUCCGAUGAAAUAAAGGUGUUGUUGUAUUUACA